UGGGGAUGUCGCAGUGUGAAGCCCUUUUCCAUCUCAGAGGACCCAGCGCGAGCCAAGGGGAUGAUAAGUCCAUGUGAACUCGGGGCUCGGAGCAUCUGCCCUUAAGAAUUGAGUGCCUGGAGUGGGAAGUGGGACCAGGAAGGUCGAAGACAGUAAUCUCAGUCUCUCUGUACCCCGGCCUCCACGAUGUGUGUGUGUCUGUCUGUCUGUCCUCCCGUGCCUGGAUCUGUGCAGGCCACCCACAGUAAGUAUGCACCAAAGAAAGCCAAGAAGCGGAUAGAGGGCGGGAGCUCCAACGUAUUCUCCAUGUUUGAGCAGACCCAGAUCCAGGAGUUCAAGGAAGCCUUUACAAUCAUGGACCAGAACAGAGAUGGCUUCAUCGACAAGAAUGACCUAAGGGACACAUUUGCUGCCCUAGGACGCGUGAACGUGAAAAACGAAGAGAUCGACGAAAUGAUCAAAGAGGCUCCAGGUCCAAUCAACUUCACCGUGUUCCUCACGAUGUUUGGGGAGAAACUUAAAGGGGCUGACCCUGAAGAGACCAUUCUCAACGCGUUCAAGGUGUUUGAUCCCGAGGGCAAAGGGUCGCUGAAGGCUGACUAUGUCCGGGAGAUGCUGACCACACAAGCAGAGAGGUUCUCCAAAGAGGAGAUCGACCAGAUGUUCGCAGCCUUUCCCCCUGACGUCACCGGCAAUCUCGAUUAUAAGAAUUUGGUCCACAUCAUCACCCACGGAGAAGAGAAGGACUGAGCCCGGAACCACAGCCUCGGGUGACCCACGGCCCGCUCUCCAUCCCCAGUCCCUGUGGCCCCAGCCUGCAGGUGUGCACCAUCCCAGGGCUGUGUGCAAAUAAACAGGAAGUCUUGGCGCUGCC